AUGAAUACCCCCGACUCGUCAAAAAAACACCCGAUGUCACAAAUUGCUGGUCGCAAAGAGGCUGGCUGUGAAGACACGAAAAUUGACGUCAAAAGACCCAAGCUCGAAAGGCCUGAUGCAGAGCCCAUGUUCCUGCGCCCUCCGUUUCGUCAAACACCUGGCCCUGUCACAGCUUCCCAGAAUUACAUACGAAACCUAAUUCUGGAGCGUUGGGAGGCAGAAGUGAAGGCCUGCGAGCAAGCAAAAAAACUGCAACUGUUAGAAAUAGCACCAGGCCCAGCUAUUAGUAUCUUACAAGCGAGCAUACGAAGGCUCGUCGUUGAGCGCUGGGAUGCGGAGGUGAAACGGUGCGAGGAAGCCAAACGGGCGCAGCUUUUAGAGCUAGUAUCAGAGACGAGAAUUAACAUACUAGAAUUGGUCAUUGGCUCUCUCGAUCUUGUUCUCUCGCUAGACGAGGAAGAUUGUAAUGGAGGUUGUGUGUUGGGAACUAGGCAAGAUGAGUUCCCUACGAGGGGGGGCAUCAAGAGACACAUAGCUAACCGGCCUAAAUGCAGAACGGCAUGGGAGUUAACGAUUGAAGAAAAAGACUUGGAAGACAACGCACCUUCUAUGGAGAACGACGAUGCUGGCAACUCAUUUUCCCCACUUUGCCACUCAUGGUCCAACUCUUUCGAGGCUGAUGAACUUAAUCCGCCGGCACCAAAAAGUCGGCGUGUGACGGUCGAGGAUGUUGCUGACGAAGGUGAGGUAGUGGAUGAAGGUGAGGUAGUGGGAGGUGGUGGGCGCUAUUUCAAGCAAUGUUCUGAUGGUGGAUGGGCACUGCAGGAAGGGGAAACUGAAUUUGAACGAUACCGGAAGUACAAGGAAGGCAUGGGUGAGGACGAGUGGGCUCCAUUUUGUGACGAGGAAGAGUGGGGUCUCGCUGAGUGGCUUGUAAAAAGCCUUGGGCAGACUCGAACCGAUGAAUUUCUAAAGUUAUCGAUUACCCGAAACCGAAUGCAAGCUUCAUUCCACAACAACCGAUCAUUCCUCAAGAAGGUUGAUGAACUCCCGCAUGGAGCCGCCUGGAGCUGUAAGAAGAUAGCGUUCAGGGAAAUAGAAUGGACGAAAAAGGCGAACCGUUGCACGAAGAUGUUGAACUGUGGAUGCGCAAUCCUGUAG